CCAGCCGUGGCUCUGGCUUUGCACCCGGCGGCGACUGAGAACUGUGGCGGCUGCGGAGCCAGCAGCGCAGGCGGGCGGAGCGGAGCUGAGCUGUCCGGCCCGGUGGCGGGCGAUGCCCCCGUGAGUCUCUGUCGCUGCCCGUCCCCGCCCCGCGUCCCUACCCCUUCGGAGUCCGCGCCCGCCAGGGGCCGCGCCUACCGCCGGGUCCGCGGGGCGGGGUCCCGGGGCAGCACCUGCCUCGCCUUGCGGAGCUACUCAGCCAGCGGAGCCCAGCUCCCGGCGUGGACCCCGGCCCCACCUCGGGACCCUGCCAUCACAUUUCCUCCUCCUGGAAGCCUGCCCUGAUUGCCUUUACUGUCUCUGCAGAAGUGGAGAUUUGCGCAAAUGCCCUAGGGGCGUGCUGCUGAGAGGGCACAGCCCCCUGUGAUGCGGAACCCCACACCCAGGUUCAUCAGUUCGAACUGCCCGAAGCCCUGCCGCCCUGGGGACCAUGUUUAACGGGGAGCCUGGUCCAGCCUCAGCUGGGGCCUCCAGGAAUGUGGUACGGAGCUCCAGCAUCAGCGGCGAGAUCUGUGGAUCCCAGCAAGCUGGGGGUGGGGCCGGGACCACCACGGCCAAGAAACGACGCAGCAGCCUGGGAGCCAAGAUGGUAGCUAUCGUCGGCCUGACCCAGUGGAGCAAAAGCACACUGCAGCUCCCCCAGCCUGAAGGGGCCACUAAGAAGCUGCGCAGCAACAUCCGACGGAGCACGGAGACCGGCGUUGCGGUGGAGAUGCGGAGCCGCGUCACACGCCAGGGCAGUCGGGAGUCUACAGAUGGGAGCACCAACAGCAACAGCUCCGAGGGCACGUUUAUUUUUCCCACACGGCUUGGAGCUGAAAGCCAGUUCAGUGAUUUUCUGGAUGGCCUGGGACCAGCCCAGAUUGUGGGGCGACAAACGCUGGCAACACCUCCCAUGGGAGAUGUGCACAUUGCCAUGGUGGACCGGAGCGGUCAGCUGGAGGUGGAAGUGAUUGAAGCUCGAGGCCUGACCCCCAAACCAGGCUCCAAAUCCCUCCCAGCCACCUAUAUCAAGGCUUACCUGCUGGAGAACGGGGCAUGUGUGGCCAAGAAAAAAACUAAGGUGGCCAAGAAGACCUGUGAUCCCUUGUACCAGCAGGCUCUGCUCUUUGACGAGGGGCCCCAAGGCAAGGUGCUGCAGGUGAUCGUCUGGGGAGACUAUGGCCGUAUGGACCACAAGUGCUUCAUGGGCAUGGCCCAGAUCAUGCUGGACGAGCUGGACCUGAAUGCCGCGGUCACCGGCUGGUACAAACUCUUCCCCACAUCCUCUGUGGCCGACUCCACACUCGGAUCCCUUACCAGGCGUCUGUCCCAGUCCUCUUUGGAGAGUGCCACCAGUCCCUCCCCCUCGUGCUCCUAAGGACCUCAAGGAGAACCAGAGGCCAGGGGCUGGGGGGGGGGGGAAGGGAGCCUGUGGCCUCACUGCCCCCUGUACAUAGUCUCUGUGUCUUUCUGGACCCCUCGCCCUGCUGCAUGCCCAAUGACCGCUGGGCUUGUCCCAGCUGGCAGUGGAGACUGUAGUGUGUGUCCAUGUAUGUUUGUGGUGUGUGUGUGUAUGUGUCCGUGUCCACAUUAUAUCUAUGUGUCUGGGUACAGUCAGUCCUGGUGACCACAUGAACUGCAGUCCAUGUCUCUGUAUCUUGCUGGAAAGAAUCCAAAGGAACAUCAUGUGGCCACGUCUUGCCCCUGGAGUCUGCAGGGGUGGAAGUAGGGGAUGUGGCCACUGGUGGGCCUUGCUUAGCCCCAGCCUGGGUGUCUUAUGGUCUCCACUUGGUUUUUCGUCCCGUCUUGUUUCUUUGCCUCUCCCAGCAUUGCUGCUCUUUUUUGAGGAAUGUAGCAUCCAUUGCAGCUGACUAGGAAUUCAGUCUCUUCCCCCUACCCCAGCCGAGCUGGUGGUCAUCCCAUUGAAUGCAUCCACAGCAUGUGGCAUGCUCACCCCGAGCUCUACCCCGCCCUCCGGGAAGACAGAGGCUGUCUGAGGAGGAGGGGCCUUGAGAGUGUUUUUCUCUGGGGAUGGCACCGUCUUACAGACCAUGUACAAGAGAGCUGAGUUCCAGGGUGCUGUCCAGACACGCUAGGGGACGUGCUAGGAUCUCUUCUCCCCUAGAGUGUGCUCCAGCGUGCCAAAGGAGCUCCCAGUGGGCCCUAGGAGGGUUCCCUGUCAAAACAGAUGGCCUUCUUAGGCAUCAAGGAUGGACCUGUCCCCUUUUGGGCUUGUCCCUGAGGGAGCAGGCUUGGUAAGAGGUGUCAUGGGUGGGGCUGCUUGCUGAAGGAAGGAGGGCUAUGGCGGAGUUAUGCUGAGGCACUCACUGUCCAGAAUCCUGUCUGACCUGGAGAUUAGCUGCAUGAAGCUGCUCUUCAGGGUUCUGCUUUCUUCGCUCAUCUGUAGACACUAGUCCCCAGCUGAGGUCCUGGCUCCCCAGGCCUCCAGCCUCCUAGCUUCAUGAGCAGCCUGGCUCUGCACUCGAGGGUGCCUCUGUCACCAGCUCUGUACCAGCAAUACUCACCCGUCCACCUCCCUCCUUUCUCAAGUGGUCCCCUGCUCCUCUGGGCAGUGGCCUGCAUCUGCUUCACUACUCCCCCCACCGUCUGGUUGGGGCUCCUCCCAACCGCUAAGAACCCUGUUAGAGGGCCUAGUGCUUGGGCCAGAGCCUGAGAUGGCUGUUGUUACUCCUAAAGGCUAGCUCCAGAAUGCUGUAUCUGUUCCUCCCCUCUUUAGCUAUAGGGUGGAAUUGGAGGCUGCCUGGGAGAUGGCAGAGCAGCCCUGGUUCAUAUCCAGUAGGAAGAAGGAGGUGCUGGCGAUAGGGGAGAGGAAGGCUCUCUUUCUGCUUCUCUUCCAGCCCAUCUCCAAGUAUGGCCUUGCCUCUAGCCCAAGUACCUAGGCAGGGAGAGCUACCAGGGUAACUGAAAAAUCCUUGGCAUGUGUGUGAAUUCCAUUUGUACCAAAGCUGGGGUGCUUAAAGCCAGCCCAGCCCAAUGGCCUCCCCAUAGUCAGUCUUGCACCCUCCUUUCAAAGAAAGGUAGUGAAGAAGCCCCCACACGAACUGAGGGUGAAGGGGAAGAUAGUGAACAGGGCUGAGGAUGUCUGUGCAGGCAGGUGAGGGAGGGAGGUGGUGGUCUAGCUGGGGAGAAUAUGUAUCUCUCAUAUCAGUAGACACGGGAUAAAGUGCUCUGACCUCCAAGCCUUGAUGGACUGGGGGCAAGGAGGAAACUGGCUAGCAAAAGGCUGCUUUCAUCUUGCUUGUGGUGUGUGCACUGUAAAGCAGUUAUUCUCCGGGUGGUGUGAAAGCCAUCUGGAGCAGAGGAGGGUCAGUGACCCACUGACAGCAUAGACCUUUGCUGAUGUGGCACUAGUCACCUUCAGGAGUGGGCGCUGCCAGGAGAGAGGCUCCCAACCUUGCAGUUUCUCAUUCCCGAGGGUCAGCCCAGAGGAUGUGCUAGAGCCAGAGGAAGGGGUGAUGCGCUGAGAAUUCAUGCUGGCUUGCCUGCCCAUGGGCAGCGACUGUAAACUGCCUAGGAGGUGGGCACUUGGCUGUCCCGCCCCUCUCAUGGAAGGUAACCCUUGCCCCAAAUUGAUCUUGGGGAAUUCCCUCUUGUUAACACUAAAUAAGUAAUCCCACCUAGACUCUUAGCCACAGAUGUGGGUUGUGUAAGGCUGUACAUGUAUUAGAGAGGCUGGAUUUCAAGGUCUGUUUCUCAGCACCCUGGAUGCAGGGCUCCACCGGGAUGCCAUUCUAGAGAUAGCUCUGCCCCAGAAGAGGAGUGUGACCCUUGCCUGGGCUGAGAGCCAUCUGCCCUUUGAGUAAAGGACAAUGGGUCAAGAAGUAACUGGGUGCUUGUGAGUUCCCUUAGCAACAGGCCACUUCACGUAACAGUCACAGGAGUGGAACUCAGUCAUCCCGUCUCCUGUAGGCGGGCCAGAUUCACGCCAUGGCUGAGACAGGCAGGAGUGACCCCGCAGCGAUGCUGGACUCUGGGCAGUGAUGAAUGACUCAGAGCAUGUGUCUCUGUAUUUCUGCCCUGCCUGGCCUGUCCCACUUUCUGACAGAUGCCUUCCCUACAAGGAAGUCAGAGAUGGGACUCUGAUAGGAAACAUUCUCUAGGAAAUGGGCCAAGUCUUGGUUUGACAGGGGGACAUUUGGUCCUUUGGGGAAGAACCAGUUCCAAAGGCGCUCUUAUCCAGUUUCUCCUCCCACCCAGCUUGACUGAGCAUCACCUGUUCAGCGGGUCCCGGGCAAUGCCAGGAUGCCAUGGGGUGGAAGCAGAACCAAGGGAAGCUCUAGAGAGGCGGGGUGGUGGUGGUGCCUGGGUGGUCCUGCACUGGGAUCCAGCUCACUCUCCCAGGGGCUCGACCCCCCCACCAGGGAAGCAUGCCAGCUCUUCUUUACUGCCAGCCUGGGGGAGACCAGCAGCCUCCCUUUUUUAAAGACUAUUGAGCCCUCCUAGGGCAUUUCUAUGGAAACGAAAUGUAGCACAAUCUUCGACUGUGUUCCCAGGAGCCCUGUCCUACCCCGGGGCCUCCCACCGUGGGUUCCGCUUUUCCCAGCGACCCAGAGCUCCUCAUACCUCAUGUUCUCCAUCACCCUUGGCCUAGGAAGCAGUGGCACCCCAGCGAGGCUGCCCUUCUGUGUUCUUCCGAUUGCGUCCAGCACUGUGCAAACUCUUUUAAGAAGUCUGCCUUUGACCGAGGUCGCUCUCCACCAGGUGGGGAGAUGUGCUACUUCAUGUGGGGCCUGGAGCUGGCCCAGCAGCAUUUCUGUAGUGGCCACAGGGAGGUGGACAAGAAGAGGCCUGCUUCCCUAGCACCUCCUCCUCUCCUGUUCCUCAGCUGUCUCCAGCGUCCUGACACAUACAGACUUGUGCUUGUGAAUCGGCCCCCUCUCCUGCAUCAUCGUCUUCCGCUGGAUGAUCAGCGUGGAGAUGGAAACAGACUCCUUCCCUGCCUUCUCCCUCCAGUCUGCUUCUAGCCCAGGUCCAGAGAGGCUGGGGAGAUCAGCCGCCAUCAGCGAGAUCAGGCGUGACAGGAUGGUGGCAGGAUCGGCCUGGCCUGGCUGGGAAAGGGUCAUUUUGAGAGUGCCUGAGCAUCUUAGAGCAAUGUCAGUGAUGCCAAAGAGAGCGACUUGGCCUCCUUGGGCACCAGCUCUGUCGGUGGAGCUGGACAGACACAGAUCAGACGUUGGCAUGCCCAAGGGAAGGUCCUUGUUCUCUGACAAAGGGCUUAAUCUUUCCAUGUAGCAAAGCGACUCCCCUCCCCCGACCCUGAGUAUGGGCUCCUGUGGGCCCAGCAUGGCUGUGCCUGUACGAAAAGCUCUGUGAGUGAGAGACCUAGUCUUCUGUCUCAGCAGGUGCUCCUUGGACAGCAUUGCUUUGGAGAAACUGGCUCUGGCUGGACACUCGCCAGCAGGGACAGGGCCUUGUGCCUGCCAGGAAGUCCAUACUGAUGCCAGGAAGGGUCGCUGGACCUGAGCAUCUGCCCCUUAGCCAAUGACCUGGACAGGGAUGGCUCUUCUGUACUUUUUAUUUUCCUCUCUUUUUGCCAGAAACUGUGACCUUGUGUGAGACUCCUCACGGGGCCUUGGCGUCCUCCUCUGUAAACUGGAACAUUAGCUAGCUGCUCCAUGGCUCCCUCCAGGCUUUGGAAGUCUGUGACUUGGCAUUGAGGGUGGUGAGAGGCCAGGUUCGUCUCCCUUGGUUCUCAUGCUGGGAGCGGGUCCUCAUUUGGUCCUUGCUCAGAUAAUGCUCCUGACAAGAGAACCCCAGAGUCCAACAAACAUGGCUUCACCUCUUUGUGAGUUAUGUGUGUCCCACUCCCUUUCGUCACUCUCUGGUCUUGGUGAGAAAGGACUUUCUAAGGUCCCGAAAUGUCACCACCUCAGCUGAAUCCUGAGUAGGGCCAUUCCCCAUUCUGCUUCUAGCUGACAGCCCAGAAAGAGUGGACGCUCAGAACCUUUUAAAGGCGUUCUUUGAUGGGACAAGAGAAGGAACUUCCUCCCAAAUAUUUGGCUUUUUAAAACCCCUUCUCCUUCCCAAAUGUCUUCUCCCAAGCGUUAUCUCGGAAGACAGAGUGGCUGCUUCCUCAGGGAAAGCAGACCUGAGAUUUCUAGCGUGGAAACUCACAGGAGGCAGGAACCCCUUUUUUAGACUUUCCAAAUGUAUCCUGCAAAGAGAGAAAGCGAGAGCCGUUAGGGACCGACAAGCACACUGUUUAGAUAUCUGAGCUCUCCGCAGUUUCUGUGUGCAGCGUCUUCACACGGUGGCUCCUGGAUGGCAGGUGGACAGCUGGGAGGGAACGCCGGCUGUCUCAUGUGACAUCCUUGCCAAUCCCCUUGAGGAGAAAAUUCUUCACACGGCUUCUGCAUGUACAGUAUUUGGGCAGAAAAAAAAUUAAAGUUCAUUUGAAAUUGGU